AUGCCAAUCUGCAUCUCAUGCCGCACCCCCGUGCGCACACUCUACACGACCUACUCCAAAGCCGACGACCGCGCCCUCGGCAAAGGCGUCCGCCUGACCCAAUGCCCUGUAUGCAAGAAAUUCGCGGACAAAUACGUCGAGCACGAUUUCGUAGUCCUCUUCAUCGACCUCGUGUUGAUCAAAGCGGAGGUGUAUCGGCACUUGCUGUUUAAUCGGUUGGGGAAACAUGAGGGACGGUUGGGGUUUGAUCGAUCCAUACUCCGCCUCGGCAUCCUCCUCCUCCUCUUCGACGUCUACCUAACCUGGGCGCGCAUCGAGAAACUGCCCCUCCCACCCACAUCGCCCUACCACCCAACACCCUACUCCCCCUCCUCACCCGCCCUAAACACAACAUCAACAAGCCCCCUCGUCGCACCCCACGACGGCAUCACAAACGCCGUAGUCCUCCAAGCCCACCCCCUAGGCCUCCAAUACCUAUUCUUCCUCUGCCUCGUCACCCUCUGCACACUAGCCUUCCACCUCCCCAUCCGCCUCCUCUGUGCCUUCGACGCCACCCGCCUCCCCAGCCGCACACUCCGCCGCUUGUGGCAGAGAUGUAUACCCAGUUUCGACUCCCCUACACCACUAUCGACUGCGCUGCUGUUCGGCUACGGCGGUGAGUUGGGCGGUUAUCGUGAAUAA